AUGGACGUUGCCAUUCUUCGCCUUGGCUCCUACGAGUCCUCGCCCUUUCGGAGCAUCGUCGGUGCUUACGACCCGCCGAGACGGCCGCCGCUGUCCAGCCUCAUCAGCACCGCCGUCUCCCAGGUCCCAUGGAUCCGCCGCCUCUCCCGCUUCUCCCAGUCGGGCAUUCUCCAGGCCGUCAUCCUCGCCGUCUCCCUCGCCUGCGUAGCCGUCGCUUGUCUUUCUCGGCAUCGCAAUGGCCGCCCAGGCGCCAAGCCCAAGGCCUCAUCCAUCCCCUGGCGCUUUGAGCUGCUCUCCCAGGCCUCCAGGGCCGCUGCCUUGACCUUUCUCGCCGUCGCCUAUGUGCGCCGCCGCACUCACUGGCCGAGUCUCGUCCUCCUCGUCUAUCUCUUCGUCCUCGGGCUACUGCGGCUCUCAAGACAUCUCCAGUGGCGCCAAGCGGCCCUUCACCAGGUCAACUUUGUUACGGUCGCGUCCCUGGCCAUGCUCGUGGCGACUCACUUUCUUCCCUGUGUUCAGACGGGAAUCCAGUGCACCAUCGACCCCAGCAUCCUCGGCGCCGCGGCUUCUCUCCUGGUCGCCCUCGUCUUGGCCAUGUUCACUCCGAGAGCAUGGGUCCUGCCCCAGAUAGAUGACCACGAUGACACCCCCGGCCUUGAGCUUCCAGGCGAGCCCACCCUGGAGGAAACGUGCAGCUGGAUCAACUACUAUUGCACCUACGAGUGGCUCACGCCCGUCAUCUGGAAAGGUACCACGGGAAAGCUCGACAUGUCGGGUAUUCCCAAGCUGGCCUGGUACGACGAGCCCCUCUAUCUCCUUCGCAAGGUUCAAGUUGCUCGCUCCAUUUCAAAGACCACCUUGUGGACGACGCUCCGGUUCCAGAGGGUAGAGCUGCUCCUCAUGUCCCUCUGGGUCGGCUGCAGCUAUAUCGUGGAAAAUAUCGCACCGUUCGCCAUGUUUAGGUUGCUGCAAUAUCUCGACGCUCCUGCUGAUGCCGUCUACCACCCCUGGGUCUGGCUGAUCCUCAUGUUUUCCGGGCCAGUCUGUCGAUCCAUUCUCUACCAGCAAUACAUAUUCACCUCUACCCGGCUCAUAGUGCGCAUCAAGUCGGCCAUGACGCAGGAACUCUACCACAAGGCAUUGCAGUCCAUGGAGAUCGAGGACGACCCUUUCCAGGCGAGCGGUGACAAGGCCAAGCCUGACAACGACAGUGACAAGGCGCAAAAGUCAACCUCGGCCGGGCGGCUAGCCAACUUGAUGGCUGCCGAUGUCGACGCCAUCUUCCGGGCCCGCGACAUGAUUAUUGUCCUGGUCGGCGUCCCAUCGGGCACCGUCAUAUCCCUCAUCGGCCUGUACAAGAUGCUCGGCUGGGCCUCCCUCGUCGGGACCUUUGUGUUGUUCCUGGGAGUACCCCUUUCUGUCUGGUUCGGCAAGAUGAUGUAUGGGACGCAGAAACGAGUCCGAAAAGCACAGGAUGCUCGCAUCUCCCUCGUAACCGAGUACCUGGCUUCCAUACGGGCCAUCAAGUACUUUGCCUGGGAGACGCCCAUUACCGAAAAGCUUGUCGCCGCUCGAGCCGUUGAGCAAAAGGGACUAUGGGGGCUCGCAGUGUUGCAAACCACUAUCAAUGAAAUCUCCCACAUCUUUCCGUAUCUUGCUCUACUCGUCUUGUUUGGUCUGCACGUCGGACUCGACAGGAAGCCCCUGGAAGCCUCGACCGCCUUUACAACCCUAUACCUGGUCAAGAACAUUCGCAGAAACAUCAUGAUGGCCAGCAUGUUUUCCCGCAACUUCGCGGGCGCCCUCGUCGCUUUCGGCCGGCUGGAUAAGUACUUUGAAAGCACUGUUCCGCUCGUCAAGUAUCCUGCCGGUCCCUUGCGCAUCGAACGAGGCCACUUUCGCCGAAGCAAGAAGGCCACCUUCAGUCUUCGAGACAUCAACCUCGAUUUUGUCGAGGGCGGCCUCAACGUCGUCACUGGACAGAGCGGCUGUGGAAAGUCGACCCUCCUGCUCGCCAUCCUUGGCGAGACCUACCUGGAAGGCGGGAGCGUCACGGCCCCGGAAGACAUUGCAUUUGCGUCUCAGUCAGCCUGGCUCCAGAAUGAAACCAUCCGCGACAACAUCCUCUUCGGGAGCCCCAUGGAAGAAGUUCGCUACGGCCGGGUGCUGGAGGCCUGCUGCCUCCCCGAGGAUUUGCGCGAGUUGCCCCUGAGAGAUCAGACAGCAGUGGGCGAGAACGGGACGUCUCUGUCCGGCGGACAAAAAGCCCGAGUUGCCCUGGCUCGAGCGUUGUAUUCCAAGGCUCCGCUGCUACUUCUAGACGACGUCUUCUCGGCCCUGGACGCCAAGACGUCGGCGGGCGUGUGGAAGCAUUGCUUCUGUGGCGACUUGCUGCGGGGGCGGACGACGGUCCUCGUCACUCAGGUCCCGUGGAUCUCUGCUCAAGCAGACCUUUCCAUAAUGCUCGACGGUGGCCAGGUCAAGAGCGUGGAUCCCAACAUUGGCGUUGUUCGCCGGCCUAUCAAGAUUGCCGAUGUCCUCGGGGGCGGCGAUGACGACGGAAACGGGAGAGAAGCGGACAAGGUGCCCGAGCCGGAGCUCCAGCCCAACGGAGAUGGGUUCAACGACACCAGCAAGGUGGCCCAAGACGCCUCCGUCCGCAACGACGCCGUGGAUCAGGAGAUGAAGGCGACGAGCAAGGCGGGCCGCCUGGGCAUGCUCCAGUACAUGGGCUACUUUGGCCACCCGCUGUUUGCCGUCGUCUGCCUCGUGGGCCUCCUCCUCGCCAAUGUCUUCUUCUUCUCGACGACCCUAUGGCUGUCGGUCUGGGUCGAAGCCUACAACCACAAUGCGCACGUCGACGUUGCCUUUUACAUGGGCAUCUUUGCGCUACUGGUUUUUUCCGAGCUGAUGUCGUACGGCGUCAUCGUCAUCGCGUUCGAAUGGGGCUCGUGGCGCGCGGCACGCAGGCUGCACAACGACUUUAUCCGCGCCGUCAUGAGGGUACCGCUAUCAUGGUUCAAGGCGGUACCCGUGGGCCGCAUCACAAACCGCUUCUCGGGCGACAUGGCGUCGAUUGACGGCGCGCUGGGCGCCAUGCUGCGUGCGUCCCUCGACACCAUCAUCCAGCUCCUCUUGCGCGUCGGCGCCGUCAGCGCAAUCAUGCCCGUCUUCAUGCUGCCCGGCCUGGCGGCCUGCUGCGUCGGCAUCGUCGUGGGCGAGAUGUACACGCGCACCGCCGUCGUCAUCAAGCGCCUGACCUCGUCGGCCCAGUCGCCCGUCUUCUCGCAGUUUGCAGACACGCUCGCCGGCCUGCCCGUCAUCCGCGCCAGAACCGGCAUGGCGGGCACGUUUGGCGCCGAGCUGGCCGACAAGCUGCGCGUGUGGUCCGCCGCGUCCGAGACGAACUACAACUGCAACCGCUGGGUCGCGGUGCGCAUCGACCUCGUCACUGCCCUCGUCGCCCUCUCGGCCGGCAUCAUUGCCGUGUCCAAGGUCGGGCUUGUCGGAGCUGGCUUGGUCGGCUUCUCUCUCACCAGUGCCAACGAGCUGAGCCAGACGAUUCUCAUGCUCGUGCGCAGCAUGAAUGAUCUCGAGGUGGAGAUGCAAAGUUUCCACCGCGUCAAGGAAUACGUCAAGCUCGAGCCCGAGGGCAAGGACGACAGGCCAUUCGCGGACCAGGCCGAAGGGGGCUACACCGACAAUGACGCCCGCGUCAUCCCCGAAGGCUGGCCGUGCUCGGGGCAGGUCGAGUUUCGCAGCGUGACGGUGCGGUACGACCCCGGCGGCCCGGACAUUCUCUCCGACAUUAGCCUCACGUUCAGGGCCGGCCAGCGGGUCGCCAUCGUCGGAAGGACGGGGUCGGGCAAGAGCACCCUGGUCCUCUCCCUCCUGCGCUUCACCGACAUCGUCUCGGGCCAGAUCCUCCUCGACGGCGUCGACAUCACAAAGGUGCCCCGCCGCCGCCUCCGCGAGAGCCUCACCAUCAUCCCGCAGGAAGCCGUCCUCUUCAGCGGCUCCGUCGCCUCCAACCUCGACCCGACGGGCCUCGCCUCCCGCGCACGCCUCGACGCCGCCCUCGACAACUGCAAGGGCAUCGCGUCCUUUUCCUCCGGCGGCGGCGACGACGACGACGACGACAACCACGUCCAUGGGGCCGCGGCGGUCAACGGCAACGAGGCCAUUGCCCUCGCCACGGAGGUGCACGCCCGCGGGGACAACUUCUCCCACGGCCAGCGCCAGGUGCUCUCGCUGUGCCGGGCGCUCGUCCGCGACAGCCGCCUCAUGCUCCUCGACGAGGCCACGGCCAGCAUGGACUACGCGACGGACCGCGGCAUCCAGCGCGUCCUGCGCGCCGAGCUCCAACGCGCCGACGACGACGGCGGCGGCAGCGGGCGCACCCUCGUCACCAUUGCCCAUCGCCUGCGCACAAUCAUCGACUACGACGUCGUCGUCGUCAUGAGCGCGGGCAGAGUUCUCGAGCAAGGCUCGCCCAAGGACCUCUACGAUUCCAGGGGCCAGUUCUACGACAUGGUCUGCCACAGCGGCGAGGAGACCGAGCUGCGCGAGUUCCUCGAGGAGAGCUGA